AUGUCCACCUGCCCAGUCACCGAAACCCGCCUCAGCCAGAUUGCUGCCGACGCUUGCACCAACGCUUUCAGCAGCGCUACCACAUACAACCACGCCCAAACCGAGCAAUGGAACUCCGAUAUCAUUAAAUCCAUCCUGACCGCUCUCAUCUCCGAAUCAAAGGGCGAGGUCCAGUACAAGUUUGCCGUAAACUCCACCAUCAUCCAGCACUUGACCGACCCACGUCCCGCUGGCUCCGACGCCGCUACAGCUCCCACCACCGCCACCGUUGGUCGCCGCGGAAUGCACUCGGCCACUGGCGCAUACUGGAACACCGAGAAGGACGGCAUCUGGAACUACAAGUACGAGGGCGGUGAGGCCAAGGGUAUGGAUGUUGUCGUCUGCGUCAUGUGGGUUGCCAACUGA